AUGUCGAACCGCCAACAGGCUCGCGACAUGCAAGUCGAGUUCCAAGCUCGCUUCCAAGCCAAACAAGCCCGCCGCGAGGCCCAGAGAGCCGCAAAACAAGACCCCCUCCUACGCAAGCAAAUCCAAGACCUCCUCAAGAAAGGCGAAACCGCCAAAGCCUACCAAAAAGCCAAGAUGCUCCUCUCCAAACAAGCGCUCGCCGCGCAAAUGGACCAAAUGGCCGACAUGGCCGAGCUCUCCGCCUCGCAGAUCCAAGCCAACAAUGCCAUGAACCGCAUGACACACAUGAUGGGCCAGUCUUCGCGGACCAUGAGUGUGGCGCAGCGUAGCAUGAACCCGGAGCGCACUUUGACGACGCUCGAGCAGUUCAAGACGCAGAACGAGGAGUACGCCAUGAACAACGGGAUUUACCAGGAUGCCAUCUCGCAGACGACCAGCGCACAGGUUUCUGAGGAUGCGGUGCAUGAGUUGCUGGGCAAGCUGGCGGAUGAUGCGGGCGUGCAGUUGAAUACCGAGCUUACAACUGCGCCGUCCAAGGAGCCAACGCCGGCGCAAUCCCAAACGAAUGAGCCGACGGCUGAGGAGGAGGAUGCUCUGCAGCAGCGGUUGAGGGCUUUGCGCGCUUAG